AUAUUUUGAAAAUUUGUUUCAGAAAAAAUUGAGGUUCGGGGUGGAGUAUAUGUCUAUUAAGUUCAUUUGUUUCAAAAACAAACACCUGCAUACAUUGUAGGCUGAACCUUAUACUGAAAAAUGUUACUUGUUCUUGUUGUAAGUUUGAGUUUAUAGGAAUCUUACGCAGGCAUGUGCUUGUAGUAUUUAUUAAAAAAACAAAUUUACUCACUUCCACCAUGUUAUCUGUUGAAUCGGUGGACAAGGUAUGCAACCAAAGAGAAAGUUGAUGACACUUCAAAUGACAAAUCGCAUGUGAAUAAUUUGAAGCCUUCCUCUAUAUGGUUCAAUAACAUUAUGAUGCAUAUUCUUGGUCUCUCCGAACGAGCUACACGGUCUGAGAGGCAUUAUAAAUUUGCAUAUGAAAAAUUGUCCCAAUUAUGUUAAGAAUUUGAUGAGCUUCCUUAUGAGGUUGAAGAGGAUAAUGUAUGUGAUGAUUUGGUUAAUGAAUCAAAUGUGAAAUUAAACACAAGUGAACAGAGACAAAAUACUACCUUGCUAGAAGACCCUAUAUGUGUGAUAACUAAAGGACGUCCUAAUUCUUUGAGAACCAGAGGUGGUUUAGAAAGUUCUUUAAAGGACUAAAAAAGCACUUCUAACAAACAAAAAGGGCAAAUCCAAAGUUUACGUAGCCAAAGGCAAGGGCAAGAGCAAGGGAGUAAGAUCUAAUGUUGAAGGGGAAUCCAAAGGCACAACAUCACCACUUAGUGCAACUCCUACUGUGCAAUUUCAACCAUAUUUGAAAUCAUUUCAAGAACAAAUUGACGACAAUUGAAGUGGAUAUCCCACCUCGUUCACGGAUUUGAUGAGAGCAGCUUCAUAUCCAUACCAACAAGAUUUAUGAUUUAUGAAUGUUAAGCUUGAAGUUUAGAGCUUCAUGAUCAUAGAGAAACAAGGAUCUAGAGUUUAGUUGUUUUUUCUUUUGGUAGAAAAUACUCCUAUACUCUAAAGUAUAAUUUUUGGUUCAAGAUUUUAUUUUCAAUUUUACUCGCAAUUACUGUUAUAGUUUUAACUAAAGUUUGAGCUUUAUAUUGUUGGUUGUGUGUUUAUUUACGCACAUGGCUUUUGCAAUUGCUAUCCUCUGUUUCUAUUUACCAAAAAGCUGAAAUUAAAAAUUAUCCAUCAGAAUUUUGUAUCAUGAAAGUUCUUCUUCGGGGUUGAACAUUAAGCAUCGAGUGGUGAGUUGAUUCUCUCCAUCUUGCAGCCAUCAAAGGUCGAUUUGAGUUCAUCAAAGAGCUGGUUCAAGUGAUCCAUCUUUCAGCUCUACUGACGACUAAUCGAGGUGAAAAUAAAGCUUAGAAUUCAUUGAAAGCUGCAGUUUUGAUGUCAAAUUCCGUUUAAUUCUGAAAAUACACAAGUUAUAGAACUUUAUCUUUGCAUUAGGACAAAAAAGUAUCUGGAGAACUCCGCUCUAUGAUGCACAAAUAUUUCAUUAUGGUUGACCAAAAAGAGUUAUGUACAGUUGAUUCACUGAUUCUCUUUUCAGUAGCUUUCUCCAUUUGAGAGUUGACUUCUAAUUUCUUGCUCCUUGUUGCUAUUGAGAAUGCAUAAUGUCCACUGCAGAUCUAGUUUAAAAUUUUCUAUGACAUGAAAAAUUUCGAGCUUCAGACAUGAUUAUGUAUUGGUCCUGACUCCUGUGUGCACCCUAAAAAAUUUAGGCACUCACUUCCAAACAACUAUCACGAUGAAGAAGCUCAAUAAAAAUCUCUUGCUCAUUCAAGUUGGUAGUUGUUCUUUAGCUCGUUGUUGUACUUUCUGAUAGAGAUCAAGUGUGUCUGUAUGGCUGGAGUCAAGACAAAGGGCUGCCUCACAAUCUCGAAUCGUAGAUGUGAGGUCACCCAUCGAGUCAUAAGACGCUGCUCGAAGAUGGAGCAGUUGUAAGUCCGGCUUGAAAGAAAUGACUUUUGUUAGCUCAGCUAUAGCCUCUGCUUCCUUGUGGUCAUCCAUCAAACUGAACAUACAUUUUCCAGUAUUACUUUCUCGUUCAAAAAGUUGUAGCAUAGUCUUACUGGUUCAAGUGAAUACUACUUGUACAAUGUAACAUACAUUUUCCAGUAUUACUUACUGGUUAAAGUGAAUAUUACUUAUACAAUGUAACAUUAAGUUGGUUUUCCAAGAGAGUAAUGAUAACAAAACAUAAAAGAUGCUACAACAAUUUACAAAAUAUAAAAAGUGCUACAACAUUUUUUCAAAAUAUAAAGGGUGCUACUUCCUUCUCAAGAAUAUUUUUCUCAUAUAAAGAUUCGGAACCUUUCAAAAUAUAUCAAACAUAAUAGCUAUAUAUCACUCAUUGUGACUACAAAACUGUAUGCGCAUUUAUCAGGAAAAGAAAUUGUACUUUGGUUCUGUGCAUAAUUUUCGAUCUUGUAGGAUAUGUUGCUCGAACUCUUCAAAAAUAUUGUCAAGUGCGUAUCAGAUAAUCCAACAAUAAUGCAUUAUGCAGUGUAAAAAUAGGUGUCUGGCCAUUUCACAUGUCGUCGAACAGAGGUAACACUCAGAACACAAUUUGAAGUCUCGUCUCGCUGCAUUAACUCAGGUAAGACAAGCUUCAUAAUCAAGCACCAAGUGAAACAACUGACUUUUUUUAUGACCUUUAUUUCUCGAAUAACAAUUUCUGUAGUGUUAUACUCUCUUAGAAGAAUUUGAUAGUUGUUCAUCGAAAAUUCACAUUAAAGCUUGCGUUCCAUCUUAUUUUUUCCAUCAUCGAACAAUUGCUAAAUCAGCGAAGGCAUCGUAUUUCGAAGUACAAAGGCUCGAUUGAGGAGAUUAUUAACUCUGAACUGUAGCUGUUACUUAUGUUUUAACCAAGGAGAAGAUUACAGGUUGCUCUAUGCUAGCAUUAGCACCUUUGUGGUAGCAACAUUUGGAAGUUUAGAGAGAGAAAGCAAGCAAACAAAAAUGGAGGUUGGAGAUGAAGCAAUUGAGAUGGUAGAUUCAAAGGACUUAAAGCAAGAGAGUAAAGCACUAGAUAAGCUAACUGAUCAUGUUGAAGAUCGUCAGCUCAAUUCUUCUCGUGUUCAAACGGCUAUGGCUUCAAUUUAUGCAUGCAAGGAAGCUGAUCUUCAGGCUAUGAGGAUGAGGGAAAAAGAACUAGCUGUUGUUAAGAUUAAUGCUGCUGAUAUCGAUAUAAUUGCAAACGAACUAGAGGUGGACAAGAAGGUUGCAGAAAGGACUUUGAGAGAGCAUAAAGGCGAUGUUGUUACUGUAAUAUGGCAUUUGCUCAACUAGUACAACAACUACUACGCCUCUGUCCCAAACAAAUUGGGGUCGACUCAUUUCAUAUCAAACGAUAAGGAAAAUACAUCAUCACCGGGGAAUUUUUCCUUCGAUUCUGAAAUGUAGUAGCUAAGAGACUAUCAAAUGUUCAUGCUACACAUGGAACUUUGAUCUGUUGACUGUCUUUCAAUUGUAUUGGUAAUUUUGCUAAUAUGGAAGUUCCUGCUUAUAUUCAGCUCUUACAAUAGAACCAUGCUGAAAUGCUGUAAAGCGUAUGUGAAAUUACCAAUCGGUCUAUGGUCUAGCGAUCAAUAAAGUGAGUUGGUGGAAAAAAAAACACGUCAAAUUACGGACCUUUUGCUGGGAAUUCAUCCUC